GGAUUCCGUGAAAGAGAUGUUGUACGAGUGUUUUGUUUGUUAUACUCUAUCUUCCUUUUUUUUCCCUGCGAUUGGUGAUAUUUUCCUGCGACUAGCAUUGAGAGAGACAAAAACGGGGAUCAUGGAGGAGGGGAAGAAAGAAGGGAGGGGGGUUACUGUACUAUUGUGCUACUGUACUCGUGGGGUAUCACACCCCUUCUACGGUAGACUUCCAUUUAGUGGCGGCACGGUAAAGGGGAUACCUGUGAUCGAGUAGACUGGACUGUUCCGUUGGUAGGCCGAUAGAUAGAGUAGUUGUUGUAGGAGGGCCUUUGUUUUCUGCCAUACAGUACUCGAGUAAUUACCGAUUAUAAUAUAGUAAUAGCAUCCUUACCCCGGAAGUGGAAGUGGAGGGCGUGCUAGCGCCGUACCACCUACGAACUUGGGAAAGGAUCCUAUACAUAUAGUCCCAGUUCCCACUUCCAUUUCCUCCUCUUUCCCUUCCCUCUCCCUCCUCCCUCCUCCUUCUCACCUCGCUCUGUCUUCCCCCCCUCCCUUCCAUCUUUCAUCCGGGGUCCCUAUUUCAUAAAUUGUCCGUUCAUCCGUCUAUCCGCCGGUUCCCUUCUUCUCUUCACCCUACAGCACAGCACGGUAAACCUCCCCCCCCGAAUGUCGGCCCCCGUAUCUACGAGGGUAGGCCACGCCUUAGCGUGGUUUCUGCGGAUAGACCUGAACCCAGGCCAGCGUGCCAAGGAGGCUCCAGUUCCUAUAUCGACAGAAGAUCAAGAUGGGAACAGCCCGGGGACAACAUAUAUCGAGCAAGAGCCAACUGUACUAGAGUUCUUCCAGCAAUUCGAACCAUCGGUGCCCAGCUUUGUCUCCUACCUCCUUAGCCUUGUGCCGUUUGUUUCGUGGAUCGGGAGAUAUAAUCUAAAAUGGUUGUAUGGAGAUCUGGUGGCGGGGAUUACGGUGGGAUGUGUCGUCAUUCCUCAAGGGAUGGCAUAUGCCAAGCUCGCACUCCUCCCCGUUGAAUUCGGUCUCUAUUCCUCAUUCGUCGGAGUCAUGAUCUACUGGUUCUUCGCAACCUCAAAAGAUAUCACAAUCGGUCCCGUAGCUGUAAUGUCUACGCUAGUAGGCAACAUCGUCUCACAAGCCCCAAAAGGUUUCCCCUACGCAAAGUACGAUAUUGCCUCCUCCCUAGCCCUCGUUGCAGGUUCGAUCGUGACGGCAAUGGGUCUUCUCCGUCUGGGCUUCGUGGUAGAGUACAUCCCCCUCACAGCAAUCGCCGCAUUCAUGACAGGCUCUGCCAUUAGUAUAGCAACGGGCCAGGUCCCAACUAUGCUCGGUAUCUCCAGCUUCAACACUCGUGCGGCUACGUAUAAGGUCUUUAUCAAUAUCCUAAAGCACCUUGGGGAAACGAAGAUAGAUGCAGCAAUGGGAUUGACCGCCUUGUUCCUAUUGUACCUUAUUCGUUGGAUCACUAGCACCUUCUUGCCGAAGAGGUACCCUAAUCAUAAGAAGACUUGGUUUUUCCUGUCCACCUUGAGAACCGCGUUCACGAUCCUGUUGUAUACUUUGAUUUCUUGGCUAGUGAAUCGGAACCGUCGCAAGAAACCACUCUUCAAGAUCCUCUCAACCGUCCCGAGUGGGUUCAAGCACAUGGGUGUUCCAAAGGUGAACUCUGACAUCUUCAACGUUUUCGUGGGGGAUUUGCCGGCGACGGUUGUUGUGCUGUUGAUCGAGCAUAUUGCGAUCUCGAAGUCGUUUGGUAGGAUAAACAACUACCAGAUUAACCCAUCUCAGGAACUCAUUGCGAUCGGAAUCACCAAUAUCUUCGGCCCAUUCUUUGGUGGAUACCCGGCCACUGGAUCAUUCUCCCGCACAGCUAUCAAGUCGAAAGCCGGCGUGCGCACACCCUUCGCUGGAGUAAUCACUGGCGUCGUCGUCCUGAUGGCUAUUUACCUCUUGACCUCUGUGUUCUAUUUCAUCCCCAGUGCCAGUCUCUCCGCCGUUAUCAUCCACGCCGUCGGCGAUCUGAUCACUCCUCCCAACACUGUGUACAAAUUCUGGUGCAUCUCCCCGCUAGAAGUGAUCGUCUUCUUCGCGGGUGUCAUCGUAACAAUAUUCACGAAUAUUGAGAAUGGAAUUUACGUUACUGUUGCACUGUCCGCCGGUGUCAUGCUAUUCAGGAUUGCGAAGGCGAGAGGGCAUCUACUAGGCAAGGUCGAGGUGCGCUCGGUCGCAGGUGGUAGUCUAUAUAGUGCGGAUGACCGCAGUGACCGAGGGAGUGAUGUCGCGCCGUAUACUGCCCCGGCAGGGUUGGUAGAGAUCAGUGUGUCGAAGAAGGCUCUGGGGCGCAGUCAUGAGAACAAUGGUUCCAGGAAUGUUUACCUACCAUUGGAUCAAGCAGACGGCUCAAACCCAAGCUUAAAAGUCGUAAGCCCAUAUCCAGGAAUCUUCAUCUACCGCUUCUCCGAAGGCUUCCUCUACGCCAACGCCUCCCACUACACCGAAAACCUUGUGCAGCACAUCUUCGCCACCACCAGGCCAACCGUCUCCACCAUAACCACCGACGUGGGAGACCGAGCAUGGAACGACCCCCCACCCAAGUCUUCUAAUACAGCCUCCACAGAGAGGUUGCCCACACUUCGCGCGGUAAUUCUAGACUUCGCCUCGGUGAACAACGUAGACAUCACCUCGGUGCAGAACCUCAUCGACGUGCGCACACAAUUAGACCGAUACGCGGCCCCCGACACGGUGGAAUGGCACUUCGCCUCCAUCGGGUCCCGCUGGACGAAGCGCGCCCUAACCGCAGCCGGAUUCGGAUUCCCCAGCGAUAUAGAGGGGGAGAACAACAACAAAAGGAAGGCCGGGUGGGCUCCCGUGUUCUCGGUCGCGAGCGUUGAGGAGACGGUUGUUCUUGAUGGGAACCACGUGGAGAAGGAAGGCUUUGAUGUAGAGGGCGGGAGACCACUAAAUGGGAGCCGCUCCUCCAAGGAUGUGGAGGAAGGAGUUGGAAGGAUCGGAACCCCAACUGGUGCUGGUAAACGGAGGGUUCCCGUCGUGGUUGGCGGGAUUAAUAGGCCGUUUUUCCACGUUGAUAUUGAUGGGGCGCUGAGGAGUGCUAUCGCCUCGAUUGAGAGUCGGUAAAUUUUGUUAAAUUUUUUUCUCCUCCCUUUUCCUUCUGCUAAGGAAUUGGUUUUUUUCUUCUCUUUCCUUGUGCGUCCGAUUGGCUAGUUGGUCUUUGCUUUUUUCAGACAACAGGGAAAGACAAAUUGAUUCCCGUUUAUACCACAUCA